CUGAGAUUUACUAAGGUAAACAUUUUGCCUUUGAGGGCAUCAGUCUUACUGCACAGUAAGACAUCACUUGUAGUCACUUUGCAUCUGUGCACCAGAGAAGAGAUGACUGAUCUCACAACUGCAGAAUAUGACUAUGACCAGACUUCCGAUGAUUACUACAGUGAUGAAUAUGAAGAUGAAAUGUGCGUAAAGAAAGAGGUUCAGAAGUUUGGAGCGAUAGUCACGACCGUGUUCUUCUCUGUGGUGAUCAUUUUCAGCGUGCUUGGGAACAUAUUGGUCCUUGUGAUCCUGGUGAAGUACGAGAACCUGAAGUCCAUGACCAAUGCCUUCCUACUGAAUCUAGCCUUGUCCGACCUCAUAUUCACCUUCGGGCUGCCGGUUUGGGCCUUUGACGAAAUCUACUCCUGGGUGUUGGGCAAGACUGCUUGCAAAGCCGUGAGCUUCAUCUUUGAUGUGGGCUACUACAGCAGCAUCAUCUUCUUGACCACCAUGACCAUCCACCGCUACAUGGCUGUAGUCCACCCCAUGUCCGUGGUCAUCUCUAGAAAGAGCUUCUACUGCGUGGUGACGUCUUCUGUCGUGUGGGUGGCCAGCUGCCUGGCUGCCACCCCGAACCUUCUCAAGACCAGCUUUGUCAAUUACAAUGACAACACCACGCAUUGCACGUAUGAAGACAUCAGAUGGAAACUGGUGGAGACUUAUCAGCGAAAUGGGUUUUUCCUCAUUUCUUUUGCAGUCAUCGCUUUUUGCUACACCCAGAUCCUUCUACGACUCUUUCGGCCCAAUUCCCACACCAGACACAAGACCGUGCGGCUCAUCCUCAUUAUUGUGGUGUUCUUCUUCCUGGGCUGGGCGCCCUAUAACGUGGCCCUGUUCCUGCAGUCUCUGGUGGUCUGGAAGCUGAAGCCUUUCGAUGACUGUAGCGUCAGCACCACGGUGGACUAUGUAUUUUAUGUGGGUCGUCUGGUGGCCUUCUCCCACUGCUCCCUCAACCCCAUCUUCUACAUGUUUAUGGGCAUCAAGUUCCGCAACCAUCUGAAGAAGCUGCUGUGGUACUACUGCGGGGAUCCGGCCAACAACUCCCAGCGCCACAGUCGCCUCAUAUACUCAAAUGUGAGUACACUGCCAACCGUUACCUCCUUCCAAGAACAGUUUUGAAAAAGCCUCUAGGACAAUGUGAGUGUCAGAUUAGGACCUUUCUUAUUUUAAUCAGAAUUCUCAUUUUGAUUAAGAGUCAAUGCGAGUAGAUGUGGCUUGAUGCUUUCCUAUUUUUCCCUUAAAUUUCCAGUUCUUUCUCCUUUUGAAUUGAAUUAUCUUUAAUAAGACAUUCAUGUAGAGUAUGUCUCUCAUAGCAUGGUUCAGUCUAUGUCUGUCCGAUCCGU